UCGGAAUAAACCCCAAUGACUUUCUGUGCGAAAUCUCUCUCUUUCAGCGAUCCUUUUGCUGCACACCAUGAGUAUAUGCGGCAGAUGAUGAGAAGCUUUUCUGAUCCUUUUGGACGAGAUCCAUUUCUCAGUAUAACAGAUGGUGGGGAGAGAACAGUGGAUCGAAGAGCACGCCAGGACUCUCAGGUUGCUCUAAGAGGAAAUCGCAGAGCCACAAGCUGUGCUCUCAUGCCCUUUGCAGGCUUUGGUAGAGUGCAGGAUGCGGAUUUUGGGGAGCCUUUUUUUGCGAUGGACAGGAUGAUGUCAAAUAUGAGAAACAGCAUGCUGGAAAUGCAAAGGAAAUUUGAUGACCUGUCCGUCCAUCCAGACGCGCACACGUUCAGCUCCUCCUCUGUGAUGACAUACUCCAAAAUAGGGGAUGAACCACCAAAAGUUUUCCAGGCUUCAGCUCAGACACGCACAGCUCCAGGAGGUGUUAAGGAGACAAGAAAAGCACUUAAGGAUUCUGAAAGUGGACUGGAAAAAAUGGCUAUUGGUCAUCAUAUUCAUGAUCGUGCUCACGUCAUUAAAAAAUCAAAGAACAGCAAGACUGGUGAUGAAGAAAUGAACCAAGAAUUCAUUAACCUGGAUGAAACUGAGGCCCAAACCUUUGAUGAAGAGUGGCAGAAAGAGAUUAUGAAGUUCAAGCCAGCAAGAACUAGGUACACUUUAGAAGCCCCGAAAUACAGAAGUACUCAUCACAUACCCAGGGAAGGUGGAUUAAGAAGGGAGAAGCCACUUGCAGUUGCGGGUUCCAGGGAGCCCAGAGUUUCUUCGGAGAAUCUCAAUGUGAAAGGAACACAUGUUCCCAUCAAAAGCAGCAAAAAAUAAAUUGCUUCCAUUCUCUGUUUGAAUGGAGUUUCUUCAGAGAAGAUAACGGUGCUGCGUUGCUUAUGUUCAUAUAAGUAUACACGUAUCUAUGACCAAUCUCUGUUUUUUGUUUUACUAAGUAUUAGCGUGCCUUGCUACUCAGAUCUUUUGACAACUGAAUGUUCUUCAAAACUUCACAUCCUUGGCUAAACUGUCUAGUUUCAGUAAAUUUAACAAAAAAAACCCAACAACUUCCCACUUAAGAGCACUUUAAUGGAUCAUCACUAAUUCUGUUUAAAAAAAAACAAAACAACUUUGAUUUGCAAAAUUUUUCUGCUACAACAGCACCAGUCUCAGACUUUUAAGCCUGGCAAUGCAACUACUUUUUUUCCCACACUAUAACUUGCACAGAAAGUAAAUUCUCUUUUUACUUUGUGUGACUGAAAUAAUUAAUGUUCUAGAUGAUAGAGCAGGUAAUAGCAAUUUGAAUACGCUGUAGCCACUAU